AUGACCAUGAGUUCGUUUUUGAUAAACUCCAACUACAUCGAGCCCAAAUUCCCUCCCUGCGAGGAGUACACGCAGCACAGCGGCAGCACCGGCAGCUCCGCCAGCUACCACCCGCACCACCCGCACCCGCACCCGCACGCCCCGCCACCGCCGCCGCCGCCGCACCUGCAUGCCGCGCACCCGGGCCCAGCGCUGCCCGAGUACUUCCCGCGGCCGCGCCGGGAACCGGGCUACCAGGCUCCCGCGGCGCCCCCGGGGCCGCCGGGACCGCCUCCCGAGACUCUUUACCAGGCGCAGGCACCCUCCUACCCCCAGGCGCCCUACAGCUACAGCAGCGCCGGCAGCGCCGCCCCGGGCCCCGAGCAGCCGCCCCCGGGCGCCUCGCCGCCGCCGCCCGCCAAGGGCCACCCCGGCCCGCCCCAGCCCCUGCUACCAGGCCAUGCCCUGCAGCGCCGCUGCGAAGCGGCCCCCGCCGCUGGGGCCGGCACCGGGCCCGGCUGCCCGCUGCUGCCUGACAAGACCCUGCCCGGGAUGAAGGGGAAGGAGCCAGUGGUCUACCCCUGGAUGAAGAAGAUCCAUGUGAGCACGGUCAAUCCCAACUACAACGGAGGGGAGCCCAAGAGGUCUCGCACUGCCUACACCAGACAGCAGGUCCUGGAGCUGGAGAAGGAGUUCCACUUCAACCGCUACCUGACCAGAAGGCGACGCAUCGAGAUCGCACACACUCUCUGCCUCUCCGAGCGCCAGGUCAAGAUCUGGUUCCAGAAUAGGCGCAUGAAGUGGAAGAAAGACCAUAAACUGCCUAACACAAAGAUGCGCUCCUCAAACCAGUCCACAUUGAGCCAGCAGUCCAAAGCACAGACACAGGGCCACCCCCAUCCUCUCGAUGGGGCUACACCCAACGCAGCCGCUCUAUAAAUACGGGUUUGUUGUUUCUUUGUUUAUACAUACAUAUAUAUAUAUAUAUUUACCUAUCUAUUGGGGUUUUCCAGCUGCCCCGUGCUGGAGGCUAGCCGUUUGGACCAAACAACUGUGUAAAACAAAACAGGAGCAGGAGACGAAGACGAGACGUGCCCAAGAACGGGCACAUGUUUAAACCAAAAGCCGGACGAUUGUCUACAUUGUAUAUAGAUAAUGGUUUCAUGCCCAUCAUUUUUUUUCUAUUUAUGGAAACGCUUUCUUGCUCUCGAUGUAAGAGAGAGCUGGAUGUUGUUAUGGAAGAAUUCUCUGUACCUAA